AUGUCCGAAUCAGCGGGCGCGAAUGCCCCCAAGCCUAGCAGCAGUGUCAAGCUCGUGCUGCUGGGAGAGGCUGCCGUGGGAAAGUCCUCUCUCGUCCUUCGGUUCGUCAACAAUGAUUUCCAAGAGAACAAGGAGCCAACGAUCGGCGCCGCCUUCCUUACACAGAAAUGCACUCUCCCCUCGCGCACAAUCAAGUUUGAGAUCUGGGAUACCGCAGGCCAGGAACGGUUCGCCUCGCUCGCCCCGAUGUACUACCGCAACGCCCAGGCCGCCCUCGUGGUCUACGAUGUUACCAAGCCCUCCUCGCUGACCAAGGCGAAACACUGGGUGGCCGAACUUCAGCGCCAGGCUAGCCCCGGGAUUGUCAUCGCCCUCGUCGGUAACAAGCUGGACUUGACUAACGACGGAGGCGAUGCCUCCGCUGCUCAAGAUGUCGAGUCUGAGUCGACUGCCCCCGAGAGCGAUGGAGCGGCUGGCGAGGAAGGAGAAGAGCAGGAUGCAACUCCCGGCGAUGCCCGCAAAGUGUCGACUCGUGAGGCUACGGGUUAUGCUGAAGAGGAGGGGUUGUUGUUCUUUGAGACCAGUGCCAAGACUGGAACCAAUGUGGUGGAUGUGUUCACAGCCAUUGCCAAUGCCAUCCCAGAAAGCAGCUUGAAGACCGGCCGGGGCGCCGCUGGAGCUGGCCAGACUGCAUUGGGUAGCCGCUCCGGAGAAGAUUCUCGGGUUAAUUUGGGUGACCGUAAUACUGCGACAGCCAAAGAGGGCUGCGCUUGUUGA